UGUUAUAAAGUGCGACGUCUGGAGGGCGUAAACGGGUGCAAGUAUUAUCGAAAGUCACCUACAUCACAACGCUCCAAUCCAACUAGUCAGACUCAUACGAGAUACUAGAACUACAAGCAAGAUACAUUACGGCCGCCAUUCGAUAGUAUCCAAUAUAUAUAAAAUUAUUAUGUCAGCACCUGAGAGACGCUCAUCCGUCAUGGCGAUUGCCGAGCAACAACCAAGACUCGCGAGCUUGGAUUCGUCCAUCGUGGACCGCCUCCCCUCUUACUCGGCGACGCUGUUCGAAGCCAAGUCGCAGAAGCGGCUCACCUUUGAGCAGAUCGCGGAGCACCUUGGCCGGAGCGAGGUGGCGGUCGCGGCGCUGUUCUACGGCCAGGCGCAGGCUUCGCCGGAGGACGCGGCCAAGCUGACCAAGCUGCUGGGUCUGUCGCAGGAGUCCAACAUUGCGUCGCAGAUGAUGGGCUUCCCCGACCGCGGCCGUGCGGGGCCCAUGCCGCCCGUCGAACCGCUGAUCUACCGGCUGUACGAGAUCGUGCAGAACUACGGCUACGCGUACAAGGCGGUGCUGAACGAGAAGUUUGGCGACGGCAUCAUGAGUGCCAUCUGCUUCAACAGCAAGGUCGAGAAGGAGGUGGAUGAGAACGGCGCCCCCUGGGUUGUCAUCACGCUCAAGGGGAAGUGGCUCCCUUUCACUCGCUUCUAGACCGCCAGUCGGCGAUAACGGGCGCGUCGUGGGCGGAAAUCGGGGUGUUGUUGACUUCACUUCCUUUCUUCACUGGGGCGCCGACGGUGCCGAAAGAAACCCGAAGGAUAGGGAGUGCCUGUCCAGAAGGCAAACUCGAGUACGGGAGUCAUUCUUCUCGACUUUGAUUUGAUUGUAUCCGAAAUUCGUCGCUGUCGUGGUGGGUGGGCUGGACUGCGCGUGACGAUUAAGGGGGCA